AUGUCCGAUCAGAUCCAGGAGCUCGUCGAGACCCCCAGCCAGUUCGUGAGGGAAGGCGUCCAAUUCAUGAACAAGUGCCAGAAGCGUACUGCCCCCGACCUUUGCGCCGCCGACAAGAAAGAGUUUGCCAAGAUUUGCCAGGCCGUCGGUACUGGCUUCGUCAUCAUGGGUGUUGUCGGAUACGUCGUCAAGCUGAUCCACAUCCCUAUCAACCAGAUCCUUGUGGGUGCUGCAUAA